ACUUCCAAGUCACCGCGAGGACUGUCCGAACAGUUGCUGUUCGCUGCUCUCUAGAGCAGCAACACGUCCUUCACCGCUCUCUUUUGUAUAUAAUACAGCACUACGGUUUUAUAGUUCCACUUAGUUUUCGGAUUGUUAAUAAGUACAAUAAAAUAAAAUUACUGUGAUCUUGUGAAAACCAAAAAAACUCGUUGGUGUAUGGUCAAGCGUCUGGAGACUUUUUUUUACUCGUGAUCAAGGCUAAAUAAUAUCCAAGAUGAGCAGUCCAAAGCAGGAUAUCGUCGCAGUUGAAGCUGCCGCGGAGAAAGAGCCAUGCCUGGAGACGUCGGUUCCAAGGAAAACUGCGAGUUUCCGACAACUUCUACUUCGAUUCAUUGGGAUAUACUGGCGAUCAAUUGUUGUGAUAACAUGGCCGAUAAUCCUGUCCCCCCUACUAAUUUACAACAAUGAACCGAAGUACAGAUGUUUGUACGUCGUUGCUAUGAUGGCGGUCUACUGGGUGACGGAAGCUCUGCCCCUUCCCAUCACAUCCCUCAUGCCUAUUUUUCUUUAUCCGAUAAUGGGGAUAAUGAACACAACCGAUACAACGACGUGUUAUUUAAACGAUACCACAAUGAUGUUCCUCGCAAGUCUUAUCAUUGCCGUUGCAAUUGAACAUUCCGGAUUGCACAUGCGAGUUGCUUUCCUGAUCAUUAAGGUAGUUGGAUGCAGUCACAGGAGGUUAUCCUUUGGUAUUUUCUUGGUUACCAUGUUCAUUUCUAUGUGGAUUUCGAAUACCGCCGCUACGGCCAUGAUGAUUCCAAUAAUUAAUACUGUGCUCAUGGAAAUGGAAAAUCAAGGACUUGGCGCUAUGUUUAUCGAAGACAAAGACGACCUUGAAAACGACGAAAGUGGUGAGCCUGCCAAAAAACCGACCCAUGCCACGAUGACUUACUAUAUGAUCGCAUCGUACGCCUCUAGUAUAGGUGGUACAGGUACAGUAGUGGGAAGCGGAACUAAUUUAACUUUUAAAGGACUUUACGAAACACGGUUUCCGAAAAGUCCAGGUGUCAAUUUUUCCGAAUGGAUGUGUUACGCUGUUCCACCAAUGCUCAUUUGUGGUUUUUUGAUAUGGGUAUGGCUACAAAUUAUGUACAUGGGGAUGUUCAGGCCAAACAGCAAGGAUGCUCAGGACAUAAAUAUUGGCAGGGAGGGUGAAAAAAUUGCCGAAAACGUUAUCCAGCAAAAAUACAAGGACUUAGGGCCAAUCACGUGGCAUGAAUCUUGCGUUGCGACUCUAUUCGUUUUAGUCAUUUUUAUGUGGUUCUUCAGAAAACCUGGAUUUAUUGCCGGAUGGCCCACAUACAUUACUUCUAUGCCUUUCAAAGACUCCAGUUCAGCAAUUUUCAUCACACUUUUAAUGUUCAUAAUCCCGGCAAAUCUAGACUUUCUCAAGUCGUUCAGUAAGGACCCCAGUAAACGUCCAACGAAACCAACGCCAGGAUUGAUAAACUGGAAAUUAAUUCAGACAAGAAUGCACUGGGGUCUCAUGUUUGUUCUUGGCGGUGGUUUCGCUUUAUCUGCUGGCAGUACUUCUUCGGGACUCUCGACACUACUGGGAGAAGGGUUAUCUGGCCUCCAGUAUUUGCAUCCAGUAGCUAUUUUAUUCAUCGUUUGUUUCAUGGCUGAGAUGAUUACAGAAUUGACCUCGAAUGUUGCCAUUGCCAACAUUAUAUUACCGGUACUUGCUGAAUUGUGCGUGUCGAUCAAGUUGCAUCCGCUGUAUUUGAUGUUACCAGCUUCCUUGUGUUGCUCAUUUUCGUUUCACCUGCCAGUCGGGACACCGCCAAAUGCCAUCGCAACUGCAGCCGGACACAUUAGAACUAAGGAUUUGAUGAUAGCUGGUAUAGGGCCAAGUGUAAUCACGUUGGUAGUACUGACUAUCGGAUUUCCGACUUGGGGAAGUGUUAUAUACGAUCUCCACGAUUUUCCUGCUUGGGCCAACGUAACAACGAGUGCUAAGAGUUAAUGUAUUUCGAAAAUUUGAGGCGCAUAUAAUCGAUAUAUGCCGAUAGGAGACUAUACAUACGUUUGAGAAUUUCAUGAAGUCAUCUCGUUAUUUAAGUUUCCAAAAAAGUUUGGUAAAUCAAGUUCCUCAUCCCAAUUCAACAAGCUCAUUUGAUUGAAGUCUGUACUAUUACUUCGGAACGAUUGAAACAAAAUUUAAUUACUCUUUUUUUGAAUUCAAAACUGUUAUCCGAGCCUUCUGUACAAACACAGGUCAGUGCGACCUAAAUGUCCGUCUGAUUACCGUUUCCGAUGUCAUAAAAAGAAACAAAGUUAAACGUUUGAACGCAUGACAUUUGUGGGGUCAAUUACUCGUUUCCAGAAUUCAUCACAUGAUUCCACUUGACUCAUGUCCUCAAUUAGAAUAUACUAAAGAAAAUAAGCAGAUUGAAUGAAUGCGGUAAAUGUCAAUUACCAUAUAUUACUUUGAGCUUGUCUCAUUGUUUUCUAAGUGUGAAUGCAAUUAAUUAUUUUUUAUUCAACGAAGCAGAACAAAUUUUUCGGGUUAGAUAAUAUUAUGUGGAACUUUGGUACGUACCGUUCGUAAGUUCAUGUAAGGUUGUAACCGUGCAAUGUAAUUUAAUUGGGGACCUUGAGUUGAGCUAUCUUUAUAGGUGUAAUACACAUGUUCUAUGUGGCACUUUGAGCUUUUAUAGCUUGUGAAAAUUGCAAAAGUAGCUUUCUCUACUAUUAUAGUAGCUGAUUCACAAAAGAUUCAUGAUCAUAAUGUAUAAAUAUUACAUAUAGUAUCUUCCAAAUAUUUCAAGAAUUUAAGAGUGUUGUGGUAGUUAAUUUUUAUGUACUGCAGUAAAUACGAUUUAUUUUGCGAGCUGUGAGAUUCAUUAACGAGAACUACGCCAUUAUAAGAUUAUUAAUAACACCAUGAACAGAAAAAAACAAAUAUCACGAUUACAAUCAGAUCGAGUAACUAUUUAUCGUAUAGGAAUGAAAAUCUUACCUAACUACAUUUUUGGUUCGUUAAAUUAAUCAUAAUAAUUAUCACCUAUCCAGAUCAUUGAUCAUUUUCGGAUUAGUGUAUAAGAAUAAGAUUUCAUUGAAGAAUUGUUUAUUUCAUUAAGCCACGAGUUUAGAAGUCAAUUGCAUUAGUCGGCGAUAGAGCUUCAAUAUUGUUAUAGAACGUUAAGAGUACAAAUGACACUUGCAAUCAUAUUAUGUGAAAUAAGAACUCACAUCAACAUGUUAAACGGUUUUUAUUUUUGUAACAAACCAUGUUUACAGCUCUUACUGAUUUGGCUCGGCCUAGUAGAUUAAGCACUGGGAAAUAAAGAAGGUGACUCGAG